GCAGACCUCUAAUGCAAUGCAGGGGAAACCAAGGCUAGUUUUCUCACAUUUACUCCAGUGAAUGUUUCUCAGAGGAUGUUUAGUUUACAUAGUCACUUUCUGCAUAGGCAUAUGCAUCCCCCCACACAUCGCUUUAACACACGUAUACAGGGAAAAUAAAGUUACGAUUUUUUAUUCUGGUUUCUUAUGGAUUCUUAUUUGUAGAAAAGAAAAAGUUGUGCUGGUGAUGAUGGGUACAGGUCUAUUCAUGUUUGGUAUUCCUAUGAAUGUGCAAUCAGAUGCACCCACCUCAGCAGAGCAGUUCACCCCAUUCUGGCUUGGGAUCCUGUUCUUUAUCUGUGGCCUUCUUUAUAUACUGUCUGAACGCAACCCCUCUAAAAAGAUAAUCACAGCCAGCCUGGCUCUGAAUAUCAUCUCAAUCAUUGGAGUGCUGUCUGCUUUGGUGGAAUUCUCCAGAGCAAUUGUUGGAAUCUAUCACAUACAUGGGUAUCAAAUGUAUGAGAAUGACACAGAGGAGGAGGAACUUCAUGCCAGACAACAUUAUAUGUCCAUCAGAGACAUGGAGCUGGUGUUCUGCUGUCACAGCUUGAUAGGAGGCAUUCUGCUUGUAACCAUGACGUUCUUCGCCAGGGCAGCGCUGCGAUCCAGCAGGACUCAGGCUGUUGUUGUAAUGCGGAACCUGCCGCCAGCAGAGUGAACAAACAUCCUUCUUAACGUACGUGAAGAGGAGCUGACAUCUGUGGCAGCACAUUAAAAAACGCCACUAAUAACCAACUGUGAUCUUUAAAAUUGCAUAUAAACAGUGUAUUAAAUGGUAACAAAAUGGGAGUAGUAGUUUUCUGUGUUAUUAAUACCAGUGUUUUGUACUUUUGUACUUUACAUAUACAUAAACCCACUUAUGAUUUUUAAGCUUAACUGUUAGAUGCUUGUGUU